AUGGACGGAUCAGAAGGAGGGUCGAAUUCGCCGCCGCCCUUUUUGAUCAAGACGUAUGAGAUGGUGGAUGACCCCGCCACCGACUCCAUCGUCGCCUGGGGCGCGGCCAACAACAGCUUCAUCGUUUGGAACCCGCUCGAGUUUUCCAAGGAUUUGCUUCCCAAGUACUUCAAGCACAACAACUUCUCCAGCUUCGUCCGCCAGCUGAACACCUACGUGAGUGAAAUCCUUCCAUCUAUGCUGGCUCCCUUUUUUUCUCUUUCGAAUCGUAUCAAGCCUCGUCGGAAGAUCAGUCGUCGUCUCUAUUCCAGUCCUUGAUAUGAUUUCGACAUCAAUAUCGAUGAGAUGAUGCUGAUCUUCAUCCUCUUCCAUAGCGCUAUCUCACUUAGUGAGAAUGUUUUCAAGUUUCUGAUUUCAGUUCUGCGUUAUUCAGAUGCGAUUAUAUGCUUAGGCGACUUUCUCGCGAUGCUCAUUUUCUUCUCUGAGAUUAGAUCGUGGCAUUUUCUCCUCAAUCAGGGCUUCAGAAAAAUAGAUCCCAACCAGUGGGAAUUCGCAAAUGAUGAAUUCAUAAGAGGCAAGAAGCAUCUCCUGAAGAAUAUUCACCGCCGGAAGCCGAUCCACAGCCAUUCUCUGCACCACCAGAGCUCCUCAGGGUCCUUAACCGAGGGGGAAAGGCAGGAGCUCGAGGAGGAGAUCGAGAAACUGAAACACAUGAAGAACGCCCUCCUUGUGGAGCUGCACAAGCACACCCAGGAGCAGCAUUCUUUGGCAUUUGAAAUCCAGUCUCUGGAGGAGCGGCUGCGGAAAGUGGAGGUCCUACAGCGGCAACUAAUAGCCUUCCUGAGACCGACCCUGCACAGACCUGGCUUUCUUUCCAGCCUCAUCCAGAAAUCCGAGGUCCAUGGAAGGAAGAGGAGAUUGGCCAAAUCUCUUUACCUCGGUGAUGAUGGUGGACUAGAGGAGACCCACAUAAUUCCCUUCCAGUCCGAGAUCACUGACAGAGCAGACCCUGCAUCUGUUCUGGUUCUGGACCCAGAACCAUUUGAGAAGAUGGAAUCAUCCUUGAUCUCCCUGGAUAAAUUCUUUCGUAGGGUCGGUCAUGCAUCUGGGGAAGCUUAUGACUUGAUCUCAACGAACAGAUCAUCAGUGGUUCUCACAGAAAUGCACCCAUCGUCUGGGGAUACAGAGUUCAGCUUUCAAUCUCGAUCACCCGAGCUGCCAAUGGGGGUUUUGGUGGAGUCCACGGAUUUUGCCGAAAGCCCUGUCAUCCCUCUCAUUGAGCUUCAUCAUGAACGGUCGAAGAUCUCUCAGAUUGAUGUGAAUUCGGCGCCUGCUGCUCCCGAGGAUCCUUCCUCAGAGGAUCGAACCAAGGGGCCCUCGUCUACUUCUGCCCGGACGGGUGUGAAUGAUAUGUUUUGGGAGCAGUUCCUCACUGAGACCCCUGGCUCAUCUGACAACCAGGAGUCCCAAUCAGAGGGCCAGGACAUAAAUUCCAGAGAAGCCGACGUUAAGACCACAGAAAAGGGUAAUUUCUGGUGGACCAGGAAGAAUGUUGACCACAUAACAGAGCAAAUGGGUCAUCUCACUCCAGCUGAGCGGACCUGA